CAUGAGUGGCACCGUGGUGGCCCCAGGAGACAAUGUGAAGUUACACUGUUUCUCCAGAAUCAAGUUUGAAGCAUUUAUUCUCACGAAAGAAGAUGCACCUCGGUUCACCCAGAGACAAAGCACCACUUCCCAGGACAAUGGACAGCAGACCACCUUCCACAUGGACCGUGUCACCUCCACACAGGCAGGGACCUACAGGUGCUUCGGUGCCUUCGACACAAACCCCGAAGUGUGGUCUCACCCCAGCGACCCACUGCAGCUUGAGGUCAGAGGAUCUGCUGGUUGGAGUGUGGCCCUGGUGAACCAAGUCCGACUGAGUCUGGCUGGCCUGGUUCUCUUGGCCCUGGUGGUCGUGUUGGCGGAGGCCUGCUACAGCCACAAGAGGUCCUUCCACGGACUCAGAUGAGACCCCCCUCCACACCUGAGCGUCAUGACCAACACCGAGGACACUCACGGCGUCCAAGGACAGUGUUGACCUGAGAGGCGGGUGACCAGAGGAAACCAGGCACUGGCUGUGUUGUCUACUGUUGUCUACAGUGUGUCUGUCUCCUGCAGAAUCGGUCACAAUGUCCCAACAUCACAGCGAAUUAAUGCAGUGCUAAUGGGUUCUCUUGGAGUUCUGAAGAGCAAAUGCCUAAAAUGUGUCCACUGGCCUGAAUGGGUGUUUUUUUUUAACUUAUCAUUUAU